GGGGUAAAUCAUCACUAUCACUAUCACUACCACUACGAGUACCAGGGAUGGCUUCUUAUAUCCAGACUGUAUCAUGGAAACAAGUACAUGACAAUAUUCGAUGACGAAAACAACCCUUGAAUUACCCAGCUUUUUCAAGUCAUUACCAAGGAACACCCUGUGGCUCGACAAUACCAUUCGACCAAACAUGAGCACCCACGCAAGUGACCAGCAGGGCAAUGAUGCUCAGACGUUCACCCUGCUCCUCCUAGGCGACCUUAUGAUCGGCCGCCUCAUUGACGCCCUGCUGCCCACCAGCAUCGCCCGUCAAUCACCCGAGUCUGACCCGGAGGACGCCGCGCAUACAGUCGACACUUACAUUCUCCGACGAAGCCCCGAGCUGAAAUCAUACAACUACCUUUCACCCUGGGGGAAUGCCGUGGACCUCGUCCGCAGAUCAGAUCUGGUCCUAGCCAACCUCGAAACAGCGCUGACGACCACCCAGAAAAAGUGGCCGGACAAAGUAUUCAACUAUCGCAGCCACACCGCCAACAUCCGAUGUUUGACUGAGGUCGGCAUGGGCAUGGGUGGCAAAGGGUACGUCAGUCUAGCAAACAAUCACACCCUCGACUGGUGUAAGGAGGGCCUUCUCGAGACAGUGCAGACUCUCGCUGACAAUCACAUUGAACUCGCUGGUGCCGGUCGGACAAAAGACGAAGCUGCGGCGCCGGGCAUCUUGAGACUCCGAGAGAAAUGGACUGUCAAGUGCUGGAGUUUUGCAGACCACCCGGCGGAUUGGAAGCGCGUUCACGAAUUCAACUCCAAACAGAAUACAACGCUUCCAGGCCCAUCUGCUGGAGAUUAAAGACGCCGACCACAAAUGGAUCGAGACCAAAUUCAGGGAACUGUGUGCGCGGUUUGGCACCAGAGUAGAGCCAGAACUGGGUCCUCAAGGUCGAAUUGUUGUUGAUCUGAAGCGGUAGAGAUAGAGGAGACGUGCACGAUGCUUCAGAGUGACAAUUUGCCUGUUUCCACGGACAACAAGAUACUUCCUGGAAGGCAAGAUUGUGCGCAAGCGCACGCUCUAGGAAGUCACUCCUCGACGCUCGACCUCAGCACUGGCAGAGCCGGGAAAAGCCGAGAACCGCAGCAUACUGGACAGAGACUUCAGUUCGACAGAUGGCAGGGCACAAUUGGCAAAGCACCAUUGGCAAAG